AGGUUGAUCAUCAUGAUGUUGAGAAUGUAUCCCUACUCUGCUGCUACAUAUAUCAUGCCAGGUGGAAAUAAAAAGUCCCUGGAUCCAUCUGCUGUAACUGUCCAUCCAUCUGGUGUUGAGAAAGCUCUACAUGAACACAUACCUCAAUUGAACGGGUGGUGUGGAGACAAGCAGGGAAAGAAAGUUUCGGGUUUGGGUGGAUCUUGUGUUAUCUACACAGAUUGGUUCAAGCACAUGGCUGGUGAAUUUUGACAAGUGGGAGCAAUGUGGUGAGAUUUCUUUAUAUGUUCUUCUAUAUCUGCUCAAUCUUCGCAUCUUUUCAAUUUAAACUAGAUGUCAUAUCUGUGCUAAUUGAUUUACCUUUCUUGCAUUCGUCUCUUUGUGGAUAUGGUAGUAACUGUCUCUAAAUUGGAAGACCAGUAAUAGGAAUUUGCAUGUGAACUUAAUGGCUUUGGGCCCUUGAUUUCCCUUUUAGUACAUUUAUAUAGAGACCUGCUUUAGAACAAAAGAUUGUUUUAAAC